AAUAAUCAUACUCACCACCCAACGAUACAUUUUUUGCCAGUGAACAUUCUGGUGGAUAAUAUCGAUACGAGGUGCAGCCGCAUAAAUAUGUGGAUGUAAAGUGAUCAAGCCUAAUUUUUUUUCUUCUACAGUAUCUAAAUUUUCUAACCAUACUUGCCGAGGUUUUUGGUAGAUAUUGUUUUCGUCGUUAUAUUGUAUCUUUGAUAUAAUCGGUGUAAUACCUACAGCUUUCGUUUCAUUUUCUACGAUUGUACAAUAUUUUAAUGUUUGGCAGGUAGCUCCUUGCAUCUUGUUGACAACUUUCCGAAACAUCAUUAACAUUUUGUCAAGAAAAGCUAAUUUUAUUCGAAUCUAGAAUGUUGCUUUCUGAGGAAGAAAAAAAAAUACUCGUGUAUACUACACACAAUUAAAGGCACGUUUCACUUGACGUUCAAUAUUUGAAAUAUUUAAUUCAUAUUUUUAUUCUUAUUGUUUGUAGUUUACUAAAAGUUAAGUCUGUAUUACGUUGCGAAUUUGCGAGUUGCGAGCGAAACUUUAAACACGUGUGUGUACAGUACACACACACACACACACACACACCGCUCGCGCGCGCUCUAAAAGCUGUAAGCUGUGUGUAAAGAUAUUUACGAUUAAAUUUAUGAAUAAAUGACGAAAGAUUUUGCAGACAGAGUAGCCAAGCUUUGUAUAGAAAAGUAUAAUUUUCUGAAGAAAACGGGUAAACCCAGCGUUCACGAAUGGACUGUGUUAUCCGGAAUAAUUUUAGAAGAUGCUGUUGGAUCAUUGUCUCUGGUAGCUCUUGCCACUGGGACAAAAUGUUUAGGAGAAUCAGAAUUAAUGAAUAAUACACAAGAAAAGAGAGGCUCUCGAUUAAGCGACUCUCAUGCUGAAGUUCUGACCAGACGUGCAUUUAUACGUUAUUUGUAUGAUCAGAUUGAUUUGACUUUGCAUAGCUCUGAGAGUAUGGUUUUCUCACGAAAUGACAAAAAUAAAAUUGAAUUAAAUAGUAACAUAUCGUUUCACUUUUUUUCAAGUCAAACGCCUUGCGGAGAUUGCUCUAUUUUUCCUAAACAGGAAACUUACGAUAAUGGUGUGUCUGUGCAAAAGAUCAGACGUAUCGAUGAGGAUACUCAUGGACAUAUAAUUGUAGAAUCGUAUUAUAGAGAUAUAUAUAGAACAGGAGCGAAAUGUGUAAAAGGAGAGGAGAAACAAGAUUCUCGUUUGCCUGGUGUAAAUUAUCAUAUUGUGGGUCCCUUGCGUACUAAACCAGGUAGAGGAAAUCCCACAAGCAGUUUGUCUUGUUCUGAUAAAAUGGCAAAGUGGCUCAUUCUUGGUUUACAAGGAUCAUUUCUAUCAUUAUUAAUACCAUCGAUAAAGUUGAAGAGUAUUACGAUUGGAGGUUUGUGUCCUUUUUCUUUGGAUGCCAUGGAACGUGGGUUAUAUAAAAGGUUUAAUAACGAAAUAGAUAAGCCCAAAAUUUUUCAAGCAAAAAUUACUUUUAUGCAUAAGAAAGGACAACAAAGAUCACGUCCCUGUCCAACAAGCAUUAUAUGGUGUGCUGUAAAAAACAGUGCAUUAGAAGUGGCAGCUGCUGGUAGAAAACUGGGUGUAACAAAAAAAGAAAAGAUAAUAAUUUAUCUAUAAGUAGACGAAUGUUUUUGCAAACUUUUUUGCAAAUUUUUGAUAAAUAUCAGGAUAAUUAUAAUGAAA